AUGAUGUCAGCUUAUGAUACCGGUGACAAAGCAAUUCAAUGUGGACGCCAUAACGACGUGUUCAAAUUGUGGCUGAUGUGGAAGAGUAAGGGAAUGGAAGGUUACAGACAGCAAAUCAACAGAUUAAUGGAUUUGGCAGCAUACUUCACUCAGAGGAUUCGUGAAACAGACGGAUACGAACUUGUUGUUGAUCCACCCGAGUUUUUGAACAUUUGCUUCUGGUAUGUUCCAAGCAAUUUACGAGGUCUAGAUCCUGCCGAAAAGAAAGCCAGAUUGGAGAAGGGACUGCUCUUCCAAUGCAAUCAGAUGUCGGCCGACUAUCUGUUCAUGCAGGAUAAACCCUAUGAUGUCAGCUAUGAUACCGGUGACAAAGCAAUUCAAUGUGGACGCCAUAACGACGUAUUCAAAUUGUGGCUGAUGUGGAAGAGUAAGCCCGAGUUUUUGAACAUUUGCUUCUGGUAUGUUCCAAGCAAUUUACGAGGUCUAGAUCCUGCCGAAAAGAAAGCCAGAUUGGAGAAGAUCGCUCCAAAGAUCAAGGCGCGAAUGAUGGAACGUGGUACAACGAUGGUCGGCUAUCAGCCAGAUAAACAGCGACCAAAUUUCUUCCGAAUGAUCAUCUCUAGCCAGGCGAUCACCAGAGACGAUCUCGAAUUUCUCAUUCAAGAAAUUAUUGACAUCGGAGAAUCGUUAUAG